AUGGUUGUUUUUGGAUUCAUUGGUGAAAGUACAUGGUCUCUAAGUGGCAGUCGUCCGAGGAAAUACAAUGUUUUAUCUAAUUGUGUUUUUCUCCGAUAUGGUUCAGUGCAAGACAGUCGUACUGAUGCUACUGUGCAACAGAUGAGAAUCUCUAGCGGCCGGAAACGCGUGCACAAUGCAGCCUGUUUAGAAGCAAUUCAUGGGAUGAAGCUCGAAAAUUUAGAAUUUGGCUACAGCCGACCAAUCAGCGCAAAUAAAUAUCAUUUUCGUUUGGAGUCAGGCCAAGCGUAG